GUCGCGAUUACGGAAGCAGAUAAAAUACACACAUAGAUGUGUCAAUUAUCUUGAAAUAAUAAGAAGUCUUGAUAAAAUAAGUGUUUUAGAAAAAUACACCUUCCACGCUUGUAAUAUGGAUUCAGUUGAAAGUUCUCUACUGAAUGUCACUCCAGCAGUUAUACAUAAUGUGAGGAAGCUUUAUGGUCUGGAUGACCAGAGAAGGUUAGAUGAAGCCAUCAAAAUUUUAGAAGAUUGGAUCGAGAAGCAACCUCAUAUCGUCAAGAAGGAUUUUGCUAAGCGGUUUUUAGAGACAGCUAUAAUAACAUGUAAGGGGUCCAUUGAAAAGGCUAAGAAACAAAUAGACUUUUUGUGCACAAUGAAAACUAUGGUGCCAAAAUUCUUUGAAAAACACAACUUGAAGUCUGAUCUGAAGACCAUUUUGGAAAAAAUAUGGGUCAUUCCACUUCCACAGAUGUCAGAUGAUUACUACAGAUUGAUUUUAAUUAAAACUUUUGAUGACGAACUGUCACUGGAAUUAAUUCAACAGUAUUUUCAAUACAUUUUAAUUCUUGCUGAGUAUAUUCGAGCCCACGAUUACGUCCAAGGUUUUACAAUUAUAAUUGACUACCGUGAUGUGAACAUGUUCAACCUUAUUACAAGACUAACUACACCUGAUGUUCAACCAUUUCUCAAUGUUUUAAUUAAAGGAUACGGUGGAAGAUUUAACAGUCUACACAUAAUCACCGAAUCAAAAGCUGUAGAAAUAUUAGUAUCGACUGUCAAACAGUUGAUAAGUGAGAAGCUUGGUAAAAGGAUCCAAGUGCACAAGAAUUUAGAAGAAUUAUAUGAAGUAGUUCCUAAAGAUCUCCUGCCAGAAGAGUAUGGGGGCAAACUGAAGUCUUAUUAUAAAAUGCAAGCUGAACUGGUGGAGGAACUAAGUUCUGAGAAACAUAUAGAGUACCUAAAAAUAAUGUCUAAGGCCUGCACGGACGAGUCUAAACGAAAUACCGAGAAGUUCAAUGAAGAAUACAUGGGCAUGCCAGGAACUUUUAGGAAUUUGACUGUUGACUAGUUUUAAGAUAAGUUCGAGUCGAAGCAUGGGUCUUCCACACUUCCCACGGGUAUUGCCAAGGACUGGUUUAAGUAACGAUUAUAUGUCUUUGAAAAAAGCUGUUAUUAGUCAUUAAUUUUGAAAUUGAUUAUUGUUUUUUAUUUUUAGUAAUAGUUAUCUACACUUAGCAAAAUUCUAUCGACCUAAAUAUAUGGAUAAUAUUUUGUAUUGACGGUGACUUGGCGAUAAAAAGGUAGCGAUGACGAAUAAAUCGGAGAUAUGAUGGAAAAAUCGGUGACUUGAAGAUAAAAUAAGGGACUUGACAAAAAAUCGGAGACUUGACGAAAACAUUAAAUCAAGGACUUGAUUCAUUAAAGACGACAAAUAAAUCAAGGACUUGAUGAAAAUAAUGUGGUGCUAAAGCAGUAAUUAUGUGGUAGUAAGGUCCCGCCAUACUGUAGUGGAACAGUUUUACUAAAUUUUUGGGACCUAUUUAAAAAUUGUUUACACGUCCGUGAGUACAAUGUCAUUAAGUUAGUAAGUAAAGUAUUGGUUACAUAUAAAAAAUGACUUUAAAAAUCGUAUAAAGGAACUUUGUCUGGCUC